CAAAAGAGGAUGUGUGUACUUCUGAUGAUGGUCACAUUCUUACAUCAUAUUCAAGGAAUACUUGAUCAGUUCUUGCUGUUGCUGGAUUGUGAUCGGAUUCGUUUUCUCUCUGGAUUGACUGAAGUCAAUCUGGAAUGAGGGCUGCCAUCUUCAUCUUCAUCUUCAUCACUCUCUGCCUGAUCUCAGGUCAGGUAGUUUGUUUCAAGGUGAUUGGAUGCGCUGGAGGGAGUUUGAUGUUCAAGUGCACAUACAAGAACCAGAAUGAUCAGCAUGAAGGGAAGUAUUUCUGCAGAGACGAGAACUGUAAAGUGGGCAUCAGUUCUAAACUUCAGAACCGCUGGGAUUAUAACGGAAGAUUCGCUCUGUAUGAUGAUGAAAACAGCAGAUUCUUCACAGUGUUUUUUAAGAACCUCAGCAGAGAGGAUCAUGGGAAAUAUACAUGUGGAAACACUCAGAAAUGGAGUCGUGAUGUUGAUUUAGAGGUGAAGAAAGAGUCUUGUGGGACGUCUGUUAUACGGGACGAGUAUGUUGGACAAACGAUCACUUUCCACUGUGAAUUUGAUCAUAAGUUUAAAUCACGCACCAAAGUCUUCUACAGACUGAAAGAGGGUCCUGUCCAUGUGCUGAACAGCUCACAAUCAUCACAAUCAUCUGAGGAGAAGAUCAUUCUGUCUGACAGUCGUAAAGAUCAUUUUACUGUGACCAUUAGAGACAUUUCUGCAGACGACGGAGGAGUUUAUUUAUGUGGAGUGGAGAGAUACGGAUCAGAUCCAUCAAUUACUCACAUAUCCUUCAUUAAAGAGAUUCAGCUGAAUGUUUACAGUGGAAUCGCUUCUGUCCAGGUUCAGGCCUACUCCAGUAAAUCAGUCUUCAUCACGUGUAAAUUUCCACAAAAGUUCAGAAGAAACAAGAAAUUCAUCCAGAAAGAUUCAUCACAGAAGAUUAUUGUUGAUGAACAGAAUCAAUGGGUCCAUCAUGAUCAAGUUCACAUGUAUGAUGAUUCCAGUGAAGGACUUCUGAAGGUUUUUAUCAGGGAUUUAAACCUAGAUGAUGAAAGGACAUAUAAGUGUGGAGUAAAUAUCUCUGAUCUUUUAACUGAGGUUAAACUUUCAGUAAAUCAAGUUGAUCAUUUUCGUGCAUCAAGUAAAGCAUCUGCUGUUAUUGGUGGAAGUGUGAAUCUCACCUGCGAUUUCCCUGAGAAACACGGCGAGACCUUCAAACACAUCUGCAGAGAGAACGAGCAGAAGAUAUGUGAGAGCAUCAGUUCAUCAGAGCAGAAACGCUUUGAGUUUUCUGUCAGUUCAGCAGGAGUUUUUACAGUGAUCAUCAGUAAUGUGAGCGAGAGAGAUGCUGGAGUUUACUGGUGUGGAGCAGAAACCAGAGACACACAUCUGACUUCUGUCUCUCUCACCAAUCAACAUCAACUCACUGUGACCAUGCCUCCAGUGGUCGGACGUGAAGGAGAUUCAUCAGAGAUCAAAUGCCCUUAUAAUGAAAAACAUUCAAGAGAAGUAAAGCAUCUUUGCAAAAGAAAGUGUUUCACUGAAGGUGCUCAAAAAAUAAUUAAAUCAGAUGAAUCCCAUGUUAAUAAAAAGAUUUCAGUAAAGGAUGAUCGUGAACUCAAUCUCUUCACUGUGACCUUGAGUGAGCUGAGAGCAGAGGAUGCUGGGAUAUACUGGUGUGCAGUGAGAGAUGAGUUUAAUCUUCACACUGAACUCAUGAUCGUCAUGAAAGAUGCGGUCACUCGUGAAGCGUCUGUCGGAGGAUCAGUGUCCAUCAGCUGUCAGUUCUUCAGGAAUCACAAGAGUCUCCAGAGGUCGUUUUGCAGAGGAGAUCAGCCGAACAUCUGUGUCCGAGAUGGAGUUCGUGUUUCAUCGAAUACGAGAACAAAUGGCCGAUUCUCUCUGACUGAUGAAACCUCAGCUGGAGUCUUUACUGUGAACAUCACCGAUCUGACAGAAGAGGAUUCUGGGAAAUACUGGUGCGCAGAGGAGAGUUCUGGGUCAUUCAUAUUCACUGAAGUUCAUCUACAUGUGAACAGAGGCUCUUCUAUGAUAGUUGCUGUUUCUGUGGGUUUGAUCCUGCUGGCUGUGUGUUUAGCGCUCGUGUUGCUCAAAAUAAAAUACAACCGUAAACACGGAAUCAUUUCAUCAUCAGACAGAAGAGAGACAGGAGAUCGUGAUAUGGCUCAAGAAGAGAUUCAAGGCUCAGAUCCUGCAUCAACUCCUCUCGAUUCGGCAGCACAGUUACCCACAAACCCCUCUGAUGGGCUCCUCUACGCUGCUGUCAGUUUCCAGAAGCGUGAAGAGUCUGGUGUGCACUGUAGCGUCAGUAAGGAGGAGAUUCACUCUGAUUAUGCAUCUGUCAAACACAGCAUCACGCCAAACUAAUAUUACCACUGGAGUUUAGUUUUUAAUUCAAAUCAAGAAUCAUGUCAGUGACUGAGAAUAUAUUGACUGCAACAAUCAUUCAGCUUCAUUGAGCAAGUCAUUGAGCAGUUGGCGACACCUACAGGUCACUGUUGGGAACCGUUAACUUCUGUUGUUGUUUUUUUUGUUGUUGUUGUUUUUUUUUUUGUUGUUUUUUUUAUCUUCAAUCUUUGUGAGCAUCAGUUCAUCAGAAGUGAAGCAUUAUGUUGUGAGCAAUAAGCCAAUCUGUGAUGAGCGCUGCCGUUCGGAUCAAGAGAAAGAAAAUAUCUGUAAUAACAAUUUAUCAUUAUAAAUGUACUUGAUCUCAUACAUGUCAGUGUGUUUUACUGGGAUGUGAUGUUUAUCACGCUGAGAAAAAUAAGCCUCAUUUACAAGCCUCCUUUGCUAACUUUAAUAUAUUUUAGAAAUGUGAAACUGUAAAUAGAUAUUUAAAAAUGUAAUUACAUUACUUAACUAAAAAGUACUGUGAAUUGCUAAUACUGAG